CAUCCUGUCUCUGCUGUCACGCUUUCUCCCUUCAAUGAUUCAAAGCUUCUUCAUGCAAGUUACAUUUUUCUCACCUCCAUUGCACUUUUCGGUGUCUGUCCGGCUUCAAUUUUCCAGCAUGAUAACCACCACCAAAGCUGGCGGGUCUGGACUCACAGGAAUUUAAGUGAACAACAUAAAACAACUUCAUGACCAGAAAGCCUCAUCCGACAAGUUUUCAGCUGGAUUUGGUUGGCAACAAAUCUUGAUUGGUGGGUCGGAAAAUCUGAGUGAAAAGAUGAAUAGUGUGUAUUGGGAGAGAAAGACGAUAUAAAUAUUAAAGGUGGGUUGUUGUAGAAAUCUGUCUAGUUUGAGAAUUUUUCAAGUUGCAUGGAAUUAUAGAAGAUCCUGCAUAAGGAAGUAAGUAGUGGGGAAUUUUGGUUUUCUGUGUUCUUUUUGACAGUUGGAGAUGGUGGGGAGCAUUGAGGCUGUGAAUCGUAAUUUAUACUCGAACGGAUCUGUUCAGAACUUUAAUGCAUUGGAGGAGAAGCUUGACGAGCUCCGAAUCCGCCUUGGAAAGGCUAAUGGUGAUCCUUUGAGAAUUGUUGGUGUCGGUGCGGGUGCAUGGGGCAGUGUUUUUGCUGCUGUGUUGCAGGAUAGCUAUGGUCAAUUUCGAGACAAGGUUCAGAUAAGGAUAUGGAGAAGACCGGGAAGAGCUGUUGAUAGAGCCACAGCUGAACAUCUUUUUGAAGUGAUCAACUCGAGGGAGGAUGUGUUGAGGAGGUUGAUCCGGCGUUGUGCGUAUUUGAAAUAUGUGGAGGCAAGGCUGGGGGAUCGAACUCUUUAUGCCGAUGAGAUUUUAAAAGAUGGAUUUUGUUUGAACAUGAUCGAUACCCCUCUGUGUCCUUUGAAGGUUGUAACCAGUUUACAGGAGGCUGUUUGGGAUGCUGAUAUUGUGGUGAAUGGCUUGCCAUCAACGGAAACAAAAGAGGUGUUUGAAGAGAUAAGUAAUUAUUGGAAGGAAAGAAUCACAGAUCCUAUUAUCAUCUCUUUGGCGAAAGGUAUUGAGGCUGCACUGGAACCUCUCCCGCAUAUCAUAACUCCCACGCGAAUUAUUCAUCGGGCGACUGGUGUACCUAUAGAGAACAUACUUUAUCUGGGUGGCCCAAACAUUGCCUCAGAAAUCUACAACAAGGAAUAUGCUAAUGCUCGAAUAUGCGGAGCUGAGAAGUGGAGAAAACCUCUUGCAAAAUUCUUAAGGCAACCCCAUUUUAUUGUCUGGGACAAUAGUGAUCUUGUUACACAUGAAGUCAUGGGUGGCUUAAAGAAUGUCUAUGCCAUCGGAGCAGGGAUGGUAGCAGCUCUCACAAAGGAAAGUGCUACCAGCAAAUCUGUAUACUUUGCACAUUGUACCUCGGAGAUGAUAUUUAUCACUCAUUUGCUGGCGGAAGAGCCCGAGAAACUUGCAGGGCCUUUGCUGGCUGACACAUAUGUAACCUUGUUGAAAGGUCGCAAUGCGUGGUAUGGGCAAAUGUUAGCCAAAGGAGAACUAAACCGGGAUAUGGGUGAAAACAUCAGUGGCAAGGGAAUGAUUCAGGGUGUCUCUGCAGUCAAAGCAUUUUAUGAACUUCUCAGUCAGUCGAGCCUAAAUGUGUUGCAUCCUGAGGAAAACAAGCCUGUUGCUCCCGUAGAGCUCUGCCCCAUCUUGAAGACACUAUAUAAAAUAUUGAUAACAAGGGAGCAAUCAUCACAAGCUAUUCUUCAAGCGUUGAGGGAUGAAAUGAACGAUCCCAGGGAACGCAUUGAGAUUGCACAGAGCCAUGUCUUCUAUAGGCCUUCCCUUCUCGGACAGCCUUUGACUAGUUUCCGGUUGCAAGAUAAAGUGGUAAUAUAAUCCCUGUGAAAGCAUGGUAUCACAGGACUGCAUGGUGAAAAUAAGCAUGUUGGUUUCGAUAAAUGUUAAUCAUAUAUAUAACUUAUUUUUGCUUCCUAAGGAUAUGAUAGCUUGGUUUUUGGUUGUGAACUUGCGAGUAGCCCAAUUGAUUUUCAUAGCUCUUGUAUGGGAGCUGGAUUUGCAUUGUUUUGUGUAUCAUAUUAUUAAGAUACAAAAAACCGAUGUAUCACAUAUUUGUAUAGAUGAAGGCAUACCAUUUUCCGACCAUACGGUAACAGAAAAACAUCGUUUUUAGGU